UCAACAUUUCAAUUUCGAAUUCAAAACAACAGCAAACUAUUAUAUUUCGAAACACUUUUAUUAUUAUUACUGUAAUAAGAAAUGUGUUUUACCACAAAAGAUUUGUUGAUUGUUUUAACGAUCACAACACCAUCUAUAGUGGCUAUAGUGAGUCAUUUGUUUUGGUGUCUGUUGUUUAUUUGUUUUGCAAAAAAAAAAUAAAAUAAAAACAAUCACCAUGGUGAUUUUUUGAUCGAAAUGAUUUGAUUUGAUUUGAUUUCAUGAUGUUGUGGAAAAAUGUGAUAAUUUAUUGUGAUAUUCAUGAUGAUUGAGUAUUGAUUUAUUUAUUUAUUGAAUAUUACCACCUGAAAUAACAAGACUAAUAAGUACCCCAAUAUGAAUUUUAUAAUGCAAAUUAUGUUAAGUCAACAAACAAACAAACAGCAAGUUCCAAAACCAAAACACUAUAGAUUACUGAAGCGUAUAAUCAGAAUCAAUAGAAAGCCCUAAAGAUUCGGCUCAAUCGAUUAUCACUAUGGAAGAUUAGGUGGCAAUUGUGCGUCAAUAAUCAAAAUCGAUCGAUUCAUUAAUCGAUCAUAAGGAUCGUAAUGAUUCAAAACAUUUGGAAAGCUGGUGAAUGGCCACCAAUCACGAAAUCAAGUGGCCAAAUGGCUGAAUGAUUGGUUGUGUGUUAGUCUUACAAUUGAGUUUUCAGACCAGUUGUGAAUGUUGAUUCAAACAGUUAUCAUCAUGAUGGAGAAUACAGACAGUGUCGAGUCCUAUGAAUCGAUUAUCAACCCAUAUCAAAACCAAGAGGUAAUUCGGCACCGGAAAUUCAUCUCACACUUUGGCAUCGCCUUCAUUGAUCUUAAGUUUGUCGAAAAGAAAUUCAUGCAUCCACCACGAACUGUUCUUCGUAAGAUUAAUGGCCAGUUGAAUUAUGGCACUCUAAAUGGAAUAUUUGGACCACAAAACUGUGGAAAGACGGCAUUACUUAAGUGCCUCUCUGGUCGUAACAACCGUGGACUAGAUGCUGGUACUAUGCUGUUCGUCAAUCCGGAUAUUUCGAUCCAUGUAUUUUUUCUGGAGAACACUAUUUACAACAACAUCUUGGUGAGCAUGACCGUACAAGAAGUACUAGAUUAUGCCUUCCUUUUCCGUCAUCCUUUCGCCAGUCGAGAGCAGCGGCAAUCUAUCGUGAAAGAAUUGUUGAUCAAUUUGCAGCUGCAAGAAUUGGCUAACAUGCGGAUGACCGACUGCACAGUCGAAGAACGCGUCAAAACGCAAGUAGCGAUGGGUCUUUCAUCUUUGGACAAACCAAACAUGCUAUUCAUGGAAGAACCUUUGUCUCAUCUGGAUAAUGUGAGCGUUGAGAACUUUGUCAAUCUCAUGAAACAGAUGAGUCGAGUUUAUAGCAUGUCGGUAAACCUGUCCAUCGGGCAAAUGAUCGAUUCAGACGUACUUUCCAUAUUCGACAAGUUGUACGUACUUAGUCGUGGUGGCCUUUGUAUUUACGAGGGAAGUGUGGAACACAUGUCACUCUUUUUACGUGAAUCUGGUGUUAUAAUCCAAUCUGGCAUACAGACUCCAAUCGAACGAUUAAUUAAGAUUGCAUCCAAACCCACUGAACUGACAGUUCGAGUAGCUAGCCGAGUUUUCUCUACUCGUAAUGACAUACUCCAUUUGGCUGAAAAAUAUGGCGUUUUGUUGGGUGUAAGAAUUCAACCUCCUGUAUCGCCCAUUAGUUUAAUCAACAUAUGGCAUCUGUUUCAACGAAGUCUAGUACACAAAUACCGUUACUAUUGGAAAUCUAUUUUGUUCGAAUAUUGGGCACUGGUUUCAGCAAUCGUAUUGCUUGUCUUUUUGUUUGAUAAGGGCAUAGGUGAGCCUGAUUCUUGCUACCAACCUAUCGACAAUGGUCGUUUAUCCACCAAUCCCGACAGAAUGCUUACCAAAAAUGUCAGCAAUGAUCGAAUAAGUUAUACCAAAAAGCCUGAAUCGAUUCUUUAUGGGCGACUUGUUCUUUUGGAUGGAUCAUUGAGCACGAAUAGUACUUUAGACGAGUAUUUGCGGGAUAAGAAUGUGAUCACCAUUCAUGGCCAACAUCUGAUCGAACAGAAUUUAAAGUUUCUUUUUUUGACCACGGUGUUAAUGACCUUGUCCCACUUUCUAGUCUCUGUAUUUGCACUGAACGAAGAAAUAAUUGUUGCUUGUAAUGAACAUCGUAAUGGUCUCAUCAACAUCAAUUCGUUUAUCGUGGCUGAAACGGUGGCUUACAUGGUCAUGCCUUCUAUCAAUACGAUCACAUGUUCGGCGUUAGCAUAUUACCUGCAAUAUCCGAAUGUCGACUAUGUUUUACCAUUUCAUCAAGAUCAUUGGCGUUUUUGGCUCUAUUUUCUCUCACAAUUUGCUGGUGUUGCUUGUGCCCAGAAUCUAGGUCUUGUGAUAUCAGCCAUUUCUGUGUCUAAUGAACGGUUGGCCAAUGUCAUCACAUUCAUAGCUGCAAUUGUGUUGAUAACGUUCGCUGGCUACCUAAUUCCUGUGCAAAGUUAUGGAAAUACUUGGCUACGAUCACUGGCUGAAAUAUCGUUCGUGAAACAGAGCUAUCAGCUCACCCUGGUCACUUGGUAUGGUUUGGGCCGUUGUACAAUGGCCAAUCAAACGCGUUCGUUUGUGUUAGAACAAAUGAAUCUAAUGGAAGAAGAAUUUGACGGUUAUGAACGUAAUCUGUUGAUUAUAUCGAUUCAAUAUACGCUUUUCCUUUUCCUGUUUUGGUUGAUUGUUACAAAUUCGGUCAGCUGUUCCUUCAAAGCUAGCCACAAUUAUCAGCAAACAGAUCUCAUUGAUCAGAGCGAAGAUGAUACAAAUCAAAUGGCUGAAUGGGACGAAGAAAAAUUCCAAAAGAUCCUGUGAUCCUCACUAUAAAUCGAAUGAAUUUAGAUUAGUUGUCCACUAUAGUAUAGUUGUCCACAUUGUCUCAUUGAUUGAUGAUUGAUUGGUUUUAAUCUAAAUAAAUACUAAAUAGUUAUUUCGA